AUGAAUGUACAAAUUGAAGAAAAUUUGAUUGGGGGAGAUCAACCACUUCAAGUUCCCUCUUCUCUCUCACUCCUGCUCAGCCUCUUGUUCAACCCAGUAAGCUCCUUCAAUCCCCAGCCUCUCUUUCUCUCAGCCUCUCCUCUCCCCUCUAUCAAAUCCAAUCGCCAAUCCAAUCUCAUUGUGUGUUGUUCUUCUCAGGAAGAUGCGUCCAAAGACACCCCCAUUGAAUUGAAAUUCCCAGCUUUUCCUACAGUGAUUGAUAUCAAUCAGAUACGUGAAAUCUUGCCUCACAGGUUUCCAUUUCUUUUGGUGGAUAGAGUGAUUGAGUACAACCCAGGUGUUUCAGCUGUUGCUAUUAAGAAUGUGACGAUCAAUGACAACUUUUUCCCUGGCCAUUUCCCAGAGAGGCCUAUUAUGCCUGGUGUUCUCAUGGUUGAGGCAAUGGCUCAAGUGGGAGGCAUAGUUAUGCUGCAACCUGAAGUGGGAGGCUCUCGUGAUAAUUUCUUCUUUGCAGGAAUUGAUAAAGUGAGGUUUAGGAAGCCUGUGGUUGCAGGAGACACUUUGGUCAUGAGAAUGACCCUAACUAAGUUUCAAAAACGAUUUGGACUAGCGAAGAUGGAUGGAAAGGCAUAUGUUGGAGGUGAGGUGGUUUGUGAAGGCGAGUUCUUGAUGGUAAGUGGGAGUGGGACUGCUUGAUGUGUAUGUUCUUUCGAACAUUCAACUUCGUACUUCUGUAUUCUGUUUUCUCUUUUGUUUCCUUCUUGUUUAUCAUUUUUGGACUUCCUGUGGAGUAAACCAACGAGGAUCUCAAUAAAGACAUUAUGGUAAGAGUUUUUCUGAACUCAGUUAAUUGCCGCCAUCUGAUACUUACUUUGACAUUUUUGUUUUCCCCAACAAAUGCAUAUGGUUGAAAGUUGAAACCCAUUUUCAUUAUAGGGUAGAAUCAUUAAGACAAGGCCUAAAUAUCUGGGGGAUGUUUAUG